AUGGAUUUGUUUAUGGUUUUAAACAAAAAAGAAUACGAAAGUCCAUUGAAGGAUAAAAAUCUUGAAAAAUAUUCGGACAUUAAGAAAUAUGCAACAGUAGGGCCGAGAAAUCCAGAUGGAAGCAUUAAUUGGCAAUGCCCAUGUAUGGCAGGUGGAUCACUUGUUGCUCAUAGAUGUGGAUAUUAUUUUCGAAAACUAUAUCUUUGUAUGAAAGAGGAUGAAACAAAAGAUGCCACUGAAAAGUGUCCGAAUCAAUUCGUAGAUUGGGCAGCUUGUAUGCAGAAUAUGCCAGCGGAACGGAGAGAACAGAUGCGACGACUGAUGGCCGAGCAGCCGAAGCCUACUGAUUAA